AUGGAGGCGGCGGCGGCGGCGGAGAGAGCGGGGGCCCUAGUGGUGGAAGGCAAGGGGGUUUUCGUGGGAGAAAGGGGAGAGCAUGGGAACACUGGUGUUCGUUGGCGCAGGGGAUCAGGUGAUGAGUUACAGUUUGGAGGCGGCGAGAAUGGAGGCGGCGAGAAUGGAGGCGGCGACUCGUCGGGGAAGAAGGAGGAAGAAGAAGGAAGAUAG